AAUUCCUCGUGUGUCUAUACAGAUGCUUGUCAACACUUGAUAGAUAGGGUAACGCAUUAAAUAUAUUGUUUGUAUCUUCAACUGAAGUGUCUCAAUGUCAUAUCAGUUCGUUCUCAACAAGUUCGUUUUUUUAAUCUCAGUGAGGACGUUUGUAUUAAUGUUUUAAUGUCAUAGAUACAUUAUCAGCGGUAAAAAAUUAAUUACUUUCCUUUCUUGUCUAUUGGCUCAAAGCGAAUAAUUUGUAGGAUUAAUCUGAGAUAUAGCCUAUAGAUUUCCAAAUUCUUUGCUAAAUUACACAUUGUUCUCAAUAAGAAUCAUAAAACUUUGUUGAUGAUUAGGAUUCUGCAAUAACUGAAGUGUAAAAUAUACGAAGAAAAUAGUUAUUUUUCAAAUUGAGUCGGAGUUUCUAGAUCAUGAAAAAAACUAGUAAGAAAUGAUUGAAGAUUCUGUAGUUAUCUUCUUCUAUGCAGUUCCACUCAUCAAGAGAAGUUGAUUUUUCCUAUGACAUUGUGUUCUUAAAAAGUGUUGAUUUUUCAAAUAGUAUUGUUUUGUGACAUUUUAUAGUGGAAGUUUUUGGGUUGUUACCUGUUUUAGCUGUACAAGAUGCGUUCAGCACAUCUGAUACGAGUGCUGACGCGACGCAAGACCGACGACCGAUGCGAAGACGCCGGGACGCCAAAGUUAGCACGCGUACUGGGUCUGUUCGACCUAUGCGCCCUGGGCGUCGGCUCCACCCUGGGCGUCGGCGUCUAUGUGCUGGCGGGCGCCGUCGCUAGGCAUGACUCUGGUCCGGCCGUCACGCUUUCAUUUCUCGUCGCAGCUAUCGCGUCUGCGUUUGCCGGUGUAUGUUAUGCUGAGUUUGCAGCACGCGUGCCGAAAGCCGGUUCGGCGUAUGUGUACAGCUAUGUCAGUGUUGGUGAGCUCAUUGCGUUCAUCAUCGGCUGGAACCUGGUGCUAGAGUACAUCAUAGGUACAGCCAGCGUAGCACGUGGCUUCAGCAACUAUGUUGACAGCAUUAUGGGGAAUGUGAUGAGAGACACCCUCACCGAGUAUCUUCCGUUGAACAUGAGCUUCCUUUCUCCUUAUCCGGACUUUCUGUCUUGCACUGUUGUACUGGUUCUAUCAUUGCUCCUUGCCUGGGGUGUAAAGGAAUCAACGUUGAUGAAUAAUAUUUUCACAAUUGUGAAUUUAAUAACUGUGGUUACUGUGAUAGUCUGUGGAUCUAUGAAAGCGGACUUGAAAAACUGGAGUCUUCAUGACGUUCCAGCCAAAGCUGGCAGUGGAGGCUUCAUGCCUUUCGGCAUAUCUGGAGUGAUGGCGGGCGCUGCCAAGUGUUUCUAUGGAUUUAUUGGUUUUGACUGUGUCGCCACAACAGCUGAAGAAGCAAAAAAUCCUCAACGAAAUAUUCCGUUGUCUAUCAUAUUUUCUCUGAUUAUCAUAUUUCUCUCAUAUUUUGGAAUAGCAACUGUACUGACCAUGAUGUAUCCAUAUUAUUUACAGGAUCCAUACGCACCCUUACCCUAUGCAUUUGAGAAGGUUGGAAUGCCUGCUGUAAAGGUGAUGGUAACAGUUGGAGCCAUUUUUGCUCUUUGUGCUAGUUUGCUAGGUUCUUUAUUUCCACUGCCCAGAAUGAUUUAUGCAAUGGCAAUUGAUGGACUCCUGUUUCGAAAAUUCGCUCUCAUUCAUCCAAAAUGGCUGACUCCCAUCAAUGCUACAUUAUUCGCUGGAUUUAUUGGAGCUAUAAUGGCAGCAUUAUUCAAUCUGGAACAAUUGAUUGACAUGAUGUCAAUAGGAACACUACUUGCAUACACCAUUGUAGCUAUGUGCAUCCUAGUUCUCAGGUAUCGAGAUGUAAACCCAACAGGGUCUUUCGAGCACAACCGAAAGGUCAAAUCGAAUGUGGCGAUGGACAAAUUUGUGACCUUGUUCAAUUUGACAUCUUCGAAACAUCCGAGCUCGGCUUCCGAGCAAAUAGCCAACUGGUCGAUCGCCUUACUCAUUGCUUCCCUGGCCGCUGUUUGUCUGUGUCUAAUUCACCUGGAGGGGCAAAUAGUGGCUGGCAGUUAUUGGGCGAUCUCACUGCUGUCCAUUCUCAGCGCAAUCAGUCUCAUCGUACUGCUCGUCAUCUACAGGCAGCCUCAGAAUGACACUGUUCUCUCUUUCAAGGCUCCAGGUAUUCCACUAGUUCCAGCACUCAGUAUAUUCAUGAAUACGUUUCUUAUGCUCAAACUGGAUAUGCAUACGUGGAUUCGUUUCAGCAUCUGGCUGUUUAUAGGCAUGAUAAUCUACAUAUUCUACAGUAUACCGAACAGUGUGGAGGGCUUGAAAGACAGGUUGUAUGAUAAUCAUGUGAAAUUAGACAUAAGAAGUAAGUCUGACAACAAAUAUGCAAGCCAAACAACAAAACUUUGAAAUAAAAUUUCGUAAAUUCAAACUUACAAUAAUUUUGCAGUUAUUUAUUGAUCAUUCUAUAGGUUCUAACAUUUUAUCAUCUGUAACAGCUUUGUAUUGUCAAUUUUUACAUUAAAUGUAAAGUAAAAUUUUUACUUUUUCACCAAAA